AUGAUUACUUAUAAUUGUGCUGGUCUGAGACUUACGGACAUUCCAAGGAACUUAAAAACUUCUACAGAGAUUAUGGAUGCAUCGGAAAACAGAAUAAAGAAGCUGACGAAAAAUGCUUUCAACAACUAUCCAAAUAUGAAAUAUCUUUAUCUAUUUGAUAAUAUGAUACUUAAAAUUGAAACGGGAACAUUUUCAAAACUUACCUUGCUGGAAACUUUGGAUCUUUCAAACAAUGGACUUCGGUUUGUGCCAUCAGAAAUUUUUCAAUUAAAGAACUUGAGAAAACUUUACGUUGCUGAAAAUGAACUUCGGGAUGAAGGUUUUUCAAACGUUAAAAAACCAGUGAAGGCACCGCUUGCAUAUUUAAAUUUAGCAGCAACAGAAAUACAGAAAAUUCCGGAGCUCGGAAUCCUUCCAGAUUUGAUUCAAUUGAAUAUCUCAAUGAAUUAUUUAACGCAACUUGCGCCAGAACAAUUUGCGCCUUUAUGUAAUCUUAAAAUUGUUGAUCUCAAUCGAACGAGCUUGGAGGCUUGUCAAUGUGUAAGAAUUAAUAUGUUUAUGGAAAUAGAACUUAAACGUUUACCAAUAUUGGAUUGUGGAUACGAAGCAUCAAACAAUUGCGACAUUGAGGAUCUUAAAACAUUUAAUGUAACUAAGGAUUAUUUAAGAUGCAUCACAAAAAAGGAGGAACUUGUCAAAGCGAGAUCAGCUGAAAUUUCUAUCUCAUGGCCAUUUAUUUGGUUUUUUGGAUUCAUAGGAUUCUUCUUUCUAACUAUGACAUUUGUCUAUUGUAAUAAACCGCCAAAGACGAAAAAGGAAGUAAUUGAUUUGAGUAACGAUAUUGAUCACUUCACGCGUCCCAGAAGCACUUUGAUUAUGUAAAUAUAUGUAUAUGUUUAUAUGUGUAUAAAUAAUCUUAAAAUAGAUUUCGUAAUAUGUAUGUAGGUAACAUAUUAAGGUAUUUUUUUAAAAUGUUAAGGAACUUCAAAUAUAAA